AUCAAAAGGGUUUAAAGAAGAAGCAGAAGCAGCAGAAGAAGCUAAAAAGAGCAAGCAAUCUGGAAAUGGAGAUGAAGAAGCUGCGAUGGGCAAUGGACGGAAGCUUUUGGGACCUUGACAUGUCGACUCCGAGGACCCUUGACGGACUGGCCCGACCCAUUCCCGGCGACCCACUUCCUCUGGGUCUGACCCGAGGCGCCAGGCUCUCCAGGCCCAAGCAAAUUGACUUCAUGCAGCGUUUCAUGACUACCCCUUUUGUCCCUUCCUACGCCGCCGCCAAUGGCUUCAAUCUUCAGCGAGUCCUCACCAUACCCAUUAGCGACAAUUGGUUUGGGACGUUACUGGGCCAGUUCAAUUUGCAGAGGUUCGUAUCCUCUGUUAAGAAAAGUGGGAAGACAACACCCCCAGACUCUGCAUCUUCAUGGAUGCAAAGCAUUGGAACCCACCUGCGUGAUAAGUCCUUGUAUGCCCUUUCUUUCUGUUCUGACUUCUUGUUGACACCUGACGACACAUUGGUGUUUAGUGUGGAGGCUUAUGGUGAUGACAAGAAAGCUCGAAAGAAGGCACUUUUUCAGCACAAGUUUCCUCAUCACAAUUUGACAGUGGAGGCAGUUUGGCCCGGGCUUUUUGUUGACAAGCCUGGUAAUUAUUGGGAUGUGCCAUUCUCAAUGUCACUUGAUCUGGCUUCGGUUGCUUCUGACUCCGGGGCCAGUUAUCAUAUAUGUGCCCAUCAUAAUUCAGGUUCACCGGAGCGCCUUGACAGUGGUCAGAGCGAUGGAGUUCCUGCUAGUCUGCUUCCUGGUUUGUCUGUCACAAGUGCUUUUUCUUUUAAGAAGAACAUUGAGCUUUGGAGAAGUAACGCUCAGAAGUUGAGAAUGGUGCAACCAUAUGAUAUAUUCCUUUCAAAUCCUCAUGUUUCAGCUUCGGGGAUUAUUGGUGCUGCUAUGACUGCCUCGUUUGGUGAUAGUUCGGUUAGGUCACAAAUCGCAGAUGAUGAUCCUGAGGGUUUUAGAGGCUUUAGUAUUCGGGCUCCUGAAGUAAAAUCUGCCUUUCUAGCAGAUAUAUUUGCAUCUGCAUCAUUUACAGCCCAGCAUGGAAACUUCCAAAGGCUAUUCCUAGAUCUUACUCGCUUUCAUGCCCGUUUGGAUUUUCCUUCUGGUUCUAAAUUUCUUUCAGGUGCUACACAUCUAGCACAAGAUUUUUUCAAUUCUCAACAGCCAAAUUUGGAAGCUAUCCAGGACAUUUGCCCCAAUGCCACACUUUCUCUUCAGCAGCAGAUUGCUGGACCUUUCAGUUUCAGGGUCGAUUCAGGAGUUGCAGUCGAACUAAAGGACCAAGACUGGAACAUACGUGUGGACAAGCCCGUAUUUGCCCUUGAAUAUGCACUGCAAGUCCUUGGUUCAGCCAAAGCCGUUGCUUGGUAUUCGCCAAAGCACCAAGAAUGCAUGAUAGAGCUUCGUUUUUACGAGACAUAAAACCAUGUGCUCUUGACUCUUGAUAGGGUUAUAUUGUCGGGUCAUUUUGAGGGAGAUUCUCCCAUUAAUGCAAAAAAAAAAAAACAAAAAAAAAAAUCAUUCGCCAUUUGUAAAGUGGUGUAUUAUUGGAGAAUUUUAUUUUUGAUGAAUGCCAUUGUAGUUCUGGUAA